AUGAAUACUUCUUAUCACAAAAUUAUAAAUACAGCCGCAUUUGCAACUCAAUAUCCAUCAAGAAAAGGAAUUUUGAAUUUCACAACAGCAUUCAAUACUUCAUCUACAGAUCAGUCCGGAGUUACAUACAUUGGGUACUAUAUUAAUACAAAAUGUAAUUUUAUAAAAAAUGAAUGUACUGAGAGUGCUCAAUUUGUAAUUUAUCCAUAUGGUGUAUGUACAUUUUUAAACAGUUCAUUUAUUGAAAAUGUUGGAAAAUAUUUGUUUGCGAUCUUACCUACUAUUGAAAAUUGCUACUUUGGUGAAAAUGAUGUUGAAGAACCUGUGAGUAAUGAUCAAACACUCAAUACCGAUCAUAAUGAACCAUUAGACUCAUAUAUUUCUCAUUAUUCAACUUUUUAUUGCCCAGGUGAUACUAUACCAGCAUCAAAUAAAAAAUAUAAAAGAGCUAUCGCUCAUAUUUGUUAUGCAAAAGUAUCAGAACUAUUAGUUUGUUCAGCAUUUUCAUUAUUGGCUGUCAAUCUAAAUUUCUUUUAA